CCGCGCCAGAUAGCGGCGAGGGACCAGCGCCAUGCAUAUAUACUUCGCCCGCGAUGCGCCGCGUCGUUACUCGUCCCACGCCGACCACAGGACCACGCGAGGGUGCACGCAGACAUGGCCUUGAUCAGGAUCUUCUUGCAGGUGCUGGCGGUGUGCGCCGCGACGCGGGGGUUCCCCGUGCUCGAGCUGGGGUCGCCGGCCGGGACCCUUGCCGCCGCCUCCUCCGCAGACGACACGGACUAUCUGAAACAGGCCCAGGAGGCGCACAUCACGGGCACUAACAUGUUCGCCAAGGUCAUGUACGGCGGGCUGGCCGACGUCAUCCAGAGCGUGCUGAAGAUGGUUAGCGAGCGGGUGGCCGAAUCCAAGAGCGGCGGCGUGUCGCACGACCUCGGCUCCGAGACGAGCAACGACUUUCGACCUUAUCUGAUCGGCCUUGGAACCAGCGGAUCGCCGUCGUGAUUUUCUUCCGUGCCGUGCACCCAGUGGACGAGAAUAUUCUGACCGGAGACCGGGAAAAUUCGCGGAUUCACCUCGCGAUGGGCUGGAAUCCAAACUCGUUCGCACGAGCCAAUUUAAAAAAAAAAAAAUACUUACCAAAAGAAAUAUCGAAUCACAAUCAUCCCGGUUAACACGUGUCAUGAGUGAGUAGCCAAUGAGCAGGUGAAAUUUGUCCAAGUACGUGUAGGAUCGUGACGUCUAUCCUAGAGAUCGUUGAAACCGCGAAUUUUUUCCAGUCCGUACUUAUUAAAGAUUUAAAAAAUUGUCUGUGUUAUUUUUCUAUUUAGUUGAAGUUUAUAAAUGCUUCUAGCAGUUUUUGUUUAUGAACAGAAAUAAUAAUUCAAGAGAAUCUUAUACUUAUUCAGAAAAGCAUUCUUUGUAUACAAAUAAAGGACAAAAACCUUCAUUAAUUUCUGCGCUGUAGUUGUUACCAAAACAAACGCUGGACUGUGUUUGUGCCUGACGGGAUGGCCUGGGUAGGCUAUCUUGACUGAUGGAUGCAUUCAUGUCCAGCUUCCAGUUAAAGACAGCUUAGCUUCUUUUUCUUCAUGAUAGAAUCAUUAAGAUUCAAUUAAUUUAGACACCAUCGUUGAUUUAAAGGUUUUGUUGGAGUAGCUCCCUUUAUUUCUUGUUUUCAUACUAAAUUUAAUCACUAAUACUGAAGAGUAAUUUUGAAACAUUUUACGCUAAAGUUUGUUUUUAAGUUUAACAUCAUAUUAAACUUAUCAUAUACUUUUAAUAAUCGCUAAUAUUUACUUUGAAAAAACGGUAACGAAUUGUAAUAAAUUCUCUUUUGAGAUAUUUUACAAUAUAAUAUUAUGUGAGAAAAAUCCAUUGACAACUAAAUGAUGUACAUAUUUUAGUUUUUUUUAAUGUAUUAUUAUUUAUUUUUAAGAAAAGGGAGUUUCUAUCAAUCUUAUCUAGUAAAAAGGUUAUAUUAAUGUAAUUAUUGUAGUGGUUUGUCUGAGGGGAAAGUCGGUAUUUUAGUCUUAACAGGGACAAUGUAUCAAUAUUUUUGGAAAUAAAAAACAUGCAAUAAUUUACUAAAAGUUUUAGUUAAUGUAUUAUUUGUACUUCUAACGUUUGGGUGAUUAGCAGGUAAAACAGCAAAUGUAAUUCGCCUCACUAAAUCAUAAUUCAUGCCAUUCUUCAUAUUUCACGAUCAAAAAUUUAUCUUGGUAGCAGUUAGAUUACUAAAGUGGCUUGUUCUAAAAUGUUGUUUGUUUUUACAAAGAAGUGGAAAUAAGGUUUUUCAACGCAAAAUUAAAUGCAAAAAUACAUUCUUAUAAACUUAGAUAUAAACCUAAAAAUAAUAAAAAUAUUUUCAUCCGUGAGAGCAUUUCAGAAAAUUAUUUAAAUGCUAUAUCUUUGAAAACAAAUAAAUAAUAUUUUUAAUUUAAUACACGUAUGUAUGCUUUAAUUUAUAGUUUGGAGUGUUGAAAGUGAUUUUAUAUAAUUACGGUCUACAAAAUCAAUUUACUGUGAAAACAAUUACUUUUUUUUUCAACUAUAUUACUAUGAAAUAUUAAGAAAUAUAUUAUUAUUGAAUUAAACUUAAUAAAAUCUUAAGAGAACAUCGAGUCUCAGAAACUGUGAUGUAAUUUUUAAUGAUUUAUCGUUGUCUUCUUCACCCAUUUGGCUUUAAUGUAAAUACUUUGACUCACUCAAAUAUUCUACAUUUGUGUGUCUAAUUUUUUAUGCUUAUCAUAAACAUUUACGUCUAUAGUAAUCGAAAUUUUCUAACGCUAAAAUAGCUGUUGUAAAAUUUGAUAAAACACUUCUGGUAGAUAUAAAAAUGAACAUUGUAGUUAAACACACAAGUUCUUGUGAAUUCUCUAAAACUACAAUUGUUUUGAAUAAUAUUUUAAAAAAAAAUUUUGUGAAAUAACUUGCAUUUUGUGCGGUGUCAUCAUUGGUAUGCAUUUGUGAGAUCGUGUGUUAAGCUUGACGCAGCUAAAAGAAUUUCAAUUAUAUUUUUCUGCUGGUCUUCCACUAAUUUUAGUUAAUGCUGUCCCAUUUAUUUAUAUAUUUUCAUCUUCACAACUUCCUAGACGUAAAAUGUAUAGCCAGUGAUUUGCAUAAAGCGUUUGAAAAGUAAAUUAUCUAGAUGUUAAAUCAAAGUUUUACUUUUAUUCUGAGCUUGACAUGUGAAUAACAAAAUAAGUAAGCUUGCAAAAAAUAUUUACAUGACUUUCUUCGCAGUAUCCAAAUUUUUGAGUUGUUUGGGACAGUUCUGGAAGGUUUUGUUAUUGUAUAGUAAACUUAUCACUAUACUGACACAAAACUUACACACCAUAAUAUUCUUAAAUUCGUAACCAGGCCUUAAAGUGUAUAUUUACUUUACUGUUCCUCUUUUAUUUAACUUUGUAUGUUUCUGAAAGUAAUUUGUUCCUGACCUAAAAACUGUGAUAUUAUAAUGACACAUAAAUUAAGACAAAAUAUAGCCCAAAGAAUAGAAUUGUAUUUUGCUGAAGACAAAGUUACUGACAGACUUUAUAAAUUGAGCAUUGUAUAAUAGAAUAAUUAAAAACGAAUGGAUUAUUCCUUCCAACACUUAAAGUACAAUGACUACUUAACUUGACAUUCAGUCCACCGUGCAAAUGUUACAUAGUGUUCCACAUGCGUCAUUUUAUUCAACAUGUCAAGUGCGGCAGGAAGAUAUAGGCAGUGAUUUUUCUCAUGACAGUUGGUUCGCUUACUAGAAUGCAAUACAGUAUUUCUGGUGAGUAAUUUCUGCUUUGAGAUUGGCAGCUGUUUGCUAUCACAAUUACUCCCCUGAAUUGUCGAGUCCCAUAAGUCGCCCGGUUACGCACAGAAACAUUAAGACGACGGUACCUACAAAUCAUAGAUGACUCCGAGCCAAGUGAUGGUCGAACCUGCGUUUAAAAUUCGAGUCGUUCCGGAGUAUUGGAAUCGAUCCCAGGACCCUCACCUCACGAGCGUGACGCCUUCUCUAUCACGGUCUCUGCGACCCUUCCAGUUUAACCCCACUCCCAUGCAACGUAGUGUUGUUUGCGUAAUCAAAGGCCUUGGAGUGUUUGUAGCUUCACUACUCUGUCUUACCCACAAGAAAAUCUUUGCGUCAGCCAGGUUGUUCCAUCUGUACCUCGGAGGCAUAGCACACUAUGUCCACUUUUGGGCAAAAUGCACUUUAAACCAUAAACUUGACCAUAGUUUGGCGUUCUUUAUAGUGGCAUACAACACUAAGAUCUACGAUAUGUCAAAAAUCACAUAUUUUGCUUAAAAAAUAGUUGAGUAAAUUAGUGAGGUACUAUUCAAAUUAUUUUAACUGCUCUCAUGAAAUAUAUGGGAUAUGUGACAGUGUGUUACGCUUUCAAGUUACAGUUAUAUUAUUUAAACACUAUUUUUGUAACAACCGUUUCUUCCGAAAAAAAACACACAGAUUAAAAUAUUAUGUGUUAAAAUAAUUCCUAUUCGUUAUUUUAAGGAAACUUUAAAUUAUGCCGAAUUCAGUACUGUGUGUAUGAAAUCAACAAUUUUUAACCUCGGGUAAACGCAUGAGAAAAGCUAAGAGACGCGGUAUCCGGCGUUGCUACUGAUGAUGUGCUACCUAGAUUUCCCAUACUCCAACCAUAUAGCUCGCUGUUUACUUCAAGCAUUAGCGUGAGACUUAAGGCACUUCAUUGUAUUUUAUUUCUAACAUUGUAUUACUUGCAUUGCUUAAAAAAAAUUAAAUUUUUACUAACAUUG